AUGCAUUCCUACAUUCGCCCAAACCAAUGGGUGGCUCUCAAACUUCCGUCAGAUCAGCUAAGGCUUGUUCAGAUCAUCCCCAACACAACUGUCAGUUUGAACAGAUUCGGUAAUUUUGCUGCCAAUCAGAUCAUCGGGCGGCCGUUGUACUUCACCUUUGAAAUUUUGGAUUCGCGCGACGAAUCCGGCCACCAACUACGUGUCUUGUCCGCCACCGAGUUGCAUGCAGAGACCCUCAUCGCCGACGGGGAGGGAGAUGUCGAGACCGAAGACCUGGACGCAGGUGAAAAUGGAGCGCCGAUGCGAACGAAUCGCGAAAUUAUCGACAUGAACGCUUCUCAAAAAUUGACACUCGAGGAAAUUGAAGAAUUGAAGAAAGAAGCUGGUGGUGCCGGGAGAGACAUUGUCGCAAAGCUUUUGGAGUCACAUAGCGCUCUAGACCAGAAGACCGCAUUCUCUCUUGCCAAGUACACCUUGCGCAAACGCAAGAAGUAUAUGAAGCGGUUCACCGUGCUUCCGUUGGACGUGGGUCUUCUCGCCAAUUACUUGAUGCAAGAACGGGAUGCGCAAAAGAUCAUGGAGCUGCGGGACGAGCACAUUGGGCUCAUUGGGUGCUGGGGAAACGUACACCACAGUGGCAACGUCGAAGUGGCACCAGAGGUAAAGCCGCAUGGCCGGUAUGCGGUCGUGGAUGAAACGGCCGGACUCGUUGUCGCCGCAAUGGCUGAACGGAUGGGAAUUCUCUAUCCUCACGAUACUGAGGAAGAUCAGACAGAAGAGCAACAAGAUGCUCCGGCCGAAGAAACUGCAGAGAUCCAGGAUGCUAGUGGCCCACCAAAACCCCGGCGUGUACGUCCUCAGGCGAUGUCCGCGACCACCAACACCAUCACCGUGAUACACGCAUACGCGCAACCUAACCUCUCACUUUUGAAAUACUUUGGCUACGACAGCAACAACCCCGACGAGUCCCAUCCUCUCUACACCCGCCUUAAGUCAAUUUCUUGGAUGCAGCUGGUUGAACCCAAUUCAGAUCCACUCUACGCCAACGAGCCACCCGUAAUUUCCCCAGAGGAACUGGUCGAUUUGAAACAGAGCAAGCGUACGACAUACUACCACAAGCGCAACAGGUGGCAACGAGUCAAAUCCGUCGUGGACGAGGGCCGGGCCGGUAACUUCGACGGUUUGGUCGUGGCCACCCUGUUAGAACCGUCAAGUGUCUUGAGGACAAUGGUCCCACUCCUUGCGGGAUCUGCCCCUGUUGUCAUAUACUCGCCAAAUGUCGAGCCUCUUGUCGAGCUGAUGGACAUGUACUCCACUGCUCGUAGAACCGCGUUUAUCUCCAAGAAGCGAGAAUUGGAGUCAAAAGCAUCAGAAGCAGAAACCGCUGACCUUACCUCCCUCCACGAUGAGUUUGUGGUCGAUCCAACUAUUCUCCUCCCCCCUACUUUGCAAUCUUCGCGUGUGCGGCCUUGGCAGGUUCUACCGGGUCGAACCCACCCUCUGAUGACUGGGCGUGGUGGUGCAGAGGGAUAUAUUUUCCAUGGCAUCCGAGUGUUCCCUACCGCACAAAAGAUUCAGGCCGCUGGAAACGUUCGCCACAAGCGACGAAAGUUGGAGGCAACAUCAACGCCAGCCAGUGAUCGAGAUGUGGAAAUGACGUCCUAG